GAAGAAUGAAAAUAUAACAAACAAUAAUAAUGUCAUGUUUCUAAUUAAAAAUAUCUUCGAAAAAGAUAAAAUGCCCCCAAAAAAAAACCCUUUUAGCCGCAUUCAAAGCAAUACAUGGAACUAGAGAUGUGUUAGAUAAAUUAAGUGGAGUACCUGACCUAAAAAAAAAAUAUGGGUUGGUUAAUGAGCUGUUGUGAAUGCAAAUCCAAAGAAGAAAAAAUCACCGAAUUGGAUUUUUCUCGCUGUGGAAUCUCUGAGGUACCCAAUGAAGUAUACGUUAGCUCUCCUACCUUGGAAGUGUUGCAUUUGGAAGGAAAUAAGCUGACUGAUUUAUCACCUCAACUCUUCCAAUGCAUAGAUCUGCGCUACUUAAAUAUCAGCGACAACGAAAUUCACGCAAUACCACCCCUUAUAUCCAAACUUAGCAAUUUACAAGCAUUGAUUCUUAGCAAAAAUGUUUUAGACGGUGUCCAUCCAAAUGUAGACAAACUUAACAAACUCACCAUACUAGAUUUAAGUAUGAACGAUUUGGGUAAAGUUCCAGAAGCUAUCAUGAGCCUGAUAAACUUGCAGCAACUUUGCCUCAACGAUACAGGUAUCGAUUUUGUUCCGGCCAACAUUGGGAGGCUGUCAAAUUUGAGGAUUUUGGAGUUGAGGGACAAUAAAUUGUGUGAGCUACCCAAAUCUAUUAGGCGGCUGACUGCAUUGCAAAGGUUGGAUGUUAGCGAUAAUAACUUGGCAAGUUUGACUGAAAUCAGCGAAUCUCACGGUAAUCUAACGGAACUAUGGAUCAAUGGCAACCAAAUCACUCAUUUAACCCCCUCUAUAACCCACUUAAAGAAACUCAAUGACUUUGACGCUUCAAACAACCAACUAGAAACUGUUCCCAAAGAAAUAGGCCACUGGACUAAAAUCACAAAUUUGAUUUUGAGCUUCAACAAUUUGACAUCUUUACCAAAAUCUUUAGGAAAUCUACGAAAUUUACAAAUUUUAAAAUUAGAAUGCAACCAGUUAGUUGCACUACCGGUAACCAUAAGCAAACUUGUGAAUUUAGAAGAACUGAACUUGCAAAAUAACUUAUUGGCUUCCUUGCCGCAAGGUGUGGGUCAUUUAAGACAGUUAGCAACUUUGAUUUUGUCAGAUAAUAAGUUAACAGCAUUGCCAAAAGAGAUUGGCAGUUGUCAGGAGCUAUCAAUAUUAAACUGUCAUAAUAACUUACUUGAAAAUAUUCCAGAGGAAUUGGGCCAUUUACGUAAACUAACCACUUUGGGGCUGAUUGGCAACAGGUUGUCGUAUUUACCAAUAACCAUAAGUAAACUUACCAAUUUGAAAGCUCUGUGGUUAACCCCAAACCAGACGCAACCGUUGAUUCACUUGCAAAACGACCAGAUUGACGGGAAAGUGGUUUUGACAUGUGUGGUUUUUCCCCAAGUACCACAAAGGGUGCCAGUCGAAGUGGAAAUUACACAAAAUAGUGGUCAGAAUGGGUCUCAUUUUUUGGGACAAUCUCAGCAAGGUUGCCAUAUUAGUUUUAAUAAUGCCGUGGAGAGAGAAGUGAGUAAGAGUGGAGGUGGCGGUGGUGGGGCUCUGAGUAGGACUCCUACGCCGCACUAUAAGGAACUAAAGCGUUUGAGGGAGGUUUGGAGGAGUAAUGGACCAGUGAAUCAAGCUUUGAAUGUGUCCGAAAUAAAACAAGCGAAAGUAACCCACAUAUCGGCAGACAAUCUCGUUGAUCGUGAGAGUGACAUUUUAGACAACCUAUCUGAGAGAGGCGAUCCUCCCAAACAACCUCCGCCCUAUCAUAUUGCAGCUGCGUACUCAAAAAAUGCUCAUCUUUUUGCACACAGUCCACCAAUCAGUCCUCACGAUCAGCCGAAACAGUUCAGCCAACAACAGCCUGCAAAUAUUCACAUGCCCACACCAAAAAUGGCUAAUCGGUUCAGGCUGGAGGCCAAUAAUGGCCUACAGUUAGAUAGGAAAAUUGUAAUGAAAUCGAUAUCGACGAAUACUGAUGAAGAAGGGCAGGGUGCAAGAGUGAAUUGGCCUUUUGGACAGCACACUGUGUGUAAAGUGAUGGAAAUUGAAAUGCCAGAGUUUCAUGAGGCUGGGGAUUUUCAGAUUGCAGCUAGAAAUGAUGGUAUUUUCGUGGAAGAAGUCAGCCCACAAGGUGCCCUCUACGCGAAGCUCUAUCCGGGUGACAAAAUAUUAGCUUUUGAUGAGACAGAUUAUACUCUUAUUGACUCUCUAGCUUCAUAUCAGGAUGCGACACGUCGUAUAGGCAACGUACGCGUCGUCACUAUAUCUCGAAGACAUAAUAUAUCUUAGGGCCAUUUUGAACUAACUAGUUAUUUUGAAUAAAUGGCUCUUAAUUUAUUAUUAUUUGUAUUUUCUGUAUUAUGGUAUUUAUUUUAUCGGUGUAUAUUUUUUUUUGCAAUUUUGUAUCUCAGUUACUAUAAUAUGUUGUAUGUUGCUGGUUUCUUUAGUUGUACAAGUAAUUACUCAUAUUAUGUUUAUGUUGAGUUUGUUGUGAUUGUUCUUGAAUAUUCUUUGAUUUUUGAAAUAUGUUCACAAACCAUAAUUUUAUCGCCCAAUGCAUUGAUAUUGAAAUUUCGAAGAAGUUACUCAUUAGUAAUGUUUAAAAAUAUGUAUGCCAUGUCAUCCCCUUUGCAUAUUGUUGCUAAAAUGUAGGACGCUUUCUAAAUCAUGUUCCAUACCUUAAAUAAACAACACAUGGAAAAUAGUGUUGAGGCGAUUUUCUAAAAAGAUAAUUUAUUAUUAUUUUAAUGGAGCUUUUGAAAUACAUCAAAAUAACGAACUCUCAAAAGUUUUUAGCUUACAGCCAAUUAACAACUUCCUAAUUUUAAAAUACAUCAUUUGAAUACUUAUUGAAAAAAAUCUUGAAAACUUUUUCAAAAGAGCAGUUUAUAAGUAGGAAGAUAUUGUUCCUGCUUUGGUUAGUAAUGUACAUACAGAUUGGAAGAAAAAAGCAAUGUAAAUCGUGAUUUGAUUCUUCUUCAAGCUUUCAACAGACAAAGUGAACACAGAAUGUCAGAAUUUUUGUGCAAUUGUCAAUUUUGCAUUUUUCAGGUGUAGGGAAUGAUUUAAAGUGGUUCUUAAAUUUCACCAAGAAAAAUCAAAGUAAAAAUUCUAGAAGGUAGUUGUGUAUUGCCUAACUGGACCUUAUAUAUUUGUAUUUUUAUAUCAAUAAGCAUGUUCUGCGCUAGUAGCCCUUUAUCUAUUUUUUAUGUGCCAUUUAAUCCAGUAACUUCCAUAUUAAUAACUAACAUCAUAUUAUAUUAUAAUAUUUAUUUAUUUGUAUCAGAAUCUGUGAUGUAUGUAUUUUUAUGGAUUUCUUUGUUUACUCAAAAGGAACCUAUAUUUUUGUCGAGUAGCAGACAAUCCUUUUUCAUCUGUUAAGUUUACAGAAAAAUCUGUGUGUGUUUACCUGUUUUUUUUUUAUGUAAGAAUAAUAAUAAUUAUAGAAUGUGGAAUCUCCCAAUGUUGCCAAACAAAGCAAAAAUCUUGUACAACUAAACAACCUAUAUGGAGAAUAAUUUAGUAUGUAUUUCUUUAACAGGCUGUGAAAUUAGUUUUUCUACUAUUUAGAUUUAAGUUUUUUUUUUAUAUAUUACAAUACUUUUUGGUAUUUACUUUAUUAUUAAAGGUUUGUUCCGACAGUAUCAAAUUAUUUGAAAACAAAUUGUUAUUUAUCAAUUUUCAAAAAUUCCUAUAUUAUCUAAAUGAUUUUAUUCUAUGUUGGACCAAAACCACCUUAUUCUAAUUAUUGUAUACCUACUUACUCGAUUUUAAUAUGAAAAUGCUUGUAAAAUAAAUGUCUUAUAUAUUGUUAUUAAAUUUAAUAAUUCGAUUAUACAGGGUGUCCACUUAGUGCGAUAUCGGACUAUAUCUCCUUACAGGGUGAUGCAAGAAAAAAAGAUUAAAUUACAAAGUUGUUUGAUACUCUAAUAUGCAUUAGUUAAAAAUAUUUUCGAUUAUACAUGGUGCUCCGUUAAUGAGGUAUGCUACAGAACUUUGUUAUUUUAAAUGGAACACCCUAUAUAUGAUUGCAUAUUUGGAUUCUACGUAAAAUUCUGAGCAGAUUUCAUGUAAUAUACCCCAUACCUAAGUUAAACUGUUUUCGAAAUAUUGACAGUUGAAAAUUGACUUUUUGCAACUUUGACAGGCUGUAAAACCUUAACGGUUAAUUUAAGAGGAAACCGAUUUUACAUUCCUGUCUUAGAUUGUCAUGAACUAUCAUUUGACACCAUUUUUGAAUUUAACCGGAAAUUAAAUUUAACUGGAAUUUUUAAUCAUGGAUUAAACUCAAAGUUGGUGUCAAAUGAUAGUUUAUGAAAUUCUAAGAUAGGAAUGUGAAAUCGGUUUUCGUCUAAAAUUAACCGUUUAGGUUUUACAGCCUGUCAAAGUUGCAAAAAGUCAAUUUUCAACUGUCAAUAUUUCCGAAACAGUUGAACUUAGGUAUAGGGUAUAUUACAUGAAAUCUGCUCAGAAUUUUACGUUAAAUCCAAAUAUGCAAUCACAUACAGGGUGUUCAAUUUAAAAAAUCAAAGUUCUUUCGCACACUCCAUAAACGGAGCACCCUGUAUAUUCGAAAAUAUUUUUAACUAAUGCACAUUAGAGUAUCAAACAAUCAUCAUCACCCUGUAAAGAGAUAUCGUCCGAUAUCGCACUAAGUGGACACCCUGUAUAAUAUGCAGUUUUUAAGCCUAUAUAUAAUUCUGUUGUGAUUUAUUAAUGUUCUCUUUAACUGUUAUUUACGUAAUUUUUGGACUGACUUUAACCAAUUUAUACUUUUUUAAUACAAAUAAAUAUUGUCUAUUAUAUGAACCAA